UUCCAUGUGCAGCAGGCUGCAGUGGGAGGAGGCACUUUUUUAGGAUAUCUGGGGUCUUUGCCAAGGCGGUAGGGCAGAUUUUGAACCGCAGUGGCGCACAGUGACAUAACAGUUUGGUGUUUUCAAGACUGAAGACAGUCGCAAAAACGUUACCACCCAAUGAAAUCUGCCACUGACAAGGAAGCAAAAACACUUGGAGCGAUGCGUGAAAUCUGAUUUGCCCGGACGGUUUGAGCCACAACUCCUGCGAGUUUGAAGGAUGUUUCGGAGAUGGCCUGAACUUUUUUUUGUCUUCUUUUCUCUAGAGUUAACGGUAACCAUAUAGUUUACGGAGUAGCAGGAGAGCUCGGAGCAUGCAGCGCGUAGAAACCAACUCGGGUUGAUUCCCAAUCUGGACUCCCUGUUUUUGUCUUUCCUCUCAGGCCCGGGUCGGGCGAGGAGAUGAGUGCUCAGGAUGGGACUGUGCCUCGGUACCGAAGUUACAGAGGAGGAGAAGAAGGCGAGGAUACACAGUGCCAAGAUAGACAGAGACCUGUACGAGUACGCCAAGCGGGAGAUGAAUGUGGUUAAAAUACUCCUACUAGGUGCAGCAGAGAGCGGUAAAAGCACUUUGGUCAAACAGAUGAAGAUCAUCCACAGUAAUGGAUUCACCAAGCAAGAGCUCACCAGCUUCAAGCCUGCAGUGCUGGAUAACCUCCUGACCUCCAUGAAGUUUGUCCUCCAUGGCAUGGGUGUCCUCCGGAUCAACCUGGCUAACAACAGGAACAAGGUCCACGCCCAUACUGUCCUGUCGUGUGGACGGUGUUUUGACGAAGAACAGGUGCUGUUUCCUUUCCUUAGCCACGCCCUGUCCUGUCUGUUGGCCGACCAGGGGGUGAGGGCGGCUGCAGCCCGGGGAUACGAGUACGAGCUCAAUGACUCAGCGCUGUAUUUUUUUGAGAACCUGACCCGCAUCACGUCUCCAGAUUACGUGCCCACAGAGACAGACGUUCUGCGAGUACGACUGAGGACGACCGGCGUGAUAGAGACCCAGUUCAAAGUCAACCAUCUCAUUUUCAGGAUGUACGACGUUGGAGGCCAGAGAACUGAGCGGAGGAAAUGGAUUGGUUGUUUCGAGGACGUCAGGGCGGUGCUGUUCGUGGUGUCGCUCAGCGGUUACGACAUGACCCUGGUGGAAGACCACUCCGUGAAUCGUCUUCAGGAGAGCCUGAAACUCUUCUCCUGCAUCUGCAACAACGUUUUCUUCUGCAGCACAUCCAUGAUUUUAUUCAUGAACAAGAUAGACCUUUUUCAAGACAAGAUUUUACACUCUGGGCGACAUCUGCGGCUAUACCUGCCACAGUUUAAAGGUGCAGACUGCGAUGUGGAUUCGUCUGCCCGCUUCAUCGCCGCCACCUUCGUCUCGCUCAACGCUACUCCCAGCAAACUCAUCUACCACCACUUCACCACUGCGACCGACACCUCCAACAUCCAGGUUGUCUUCCAGGUGGUUAUGGACACGAUAAUCAAAGAGAACCUGGAGGCUGUGUCGCUCCUGUAACCCAGUGCCGGACAUUACUGGAGGUCCGAGACAUUACUAGACAGCCGGUGCUGUCGCCCUUCAGAUGUCUCAUUUAUAAAGACGUGAAAAUCGUCUGCUC